AUGCUGAACGGUGUUUGGUUUCUCAGUGUGUUAACGGUGGCCGGGAUCCUCCAGACGGAGAGCCGCAAAACUGGCAAAGACAUUUGUAAGAUCCGUUGCUUGUGCGAGGAGAAGGAAAAUGUACUGAAUAUUAAUUGCGAAAACAAAGGCUUUACCACGGUGAGCUUGCUCCAGCCCCCCCAGUACCGGAUCUACCAGCUUUUCCUCAAUGGAAACUUACUGACCAGACUCUAUCCUAAUGAGUUCGUCAAUUACUCCAACGCGGUGACUCUCCAUUUGGGGAACAAUGAGCUGCAAGAGAUCCGAACUGGGGCGUUCAGUGGCCUAAAAACUCUCAAGCGACUCCACCUGAACAACAACAAACUGGAAAUUUUGAGGGAGGACACAUUCCUGGGCCUCGAGAGUUUGGAGUACCUGCAAGCCGACUACAACUACAUCAGUGCCAUCGAGGCAGGCGCCUUCAGUAAGCUGAAUAAGCUCAAGGUCCUGAUCCUCAAUGACAAUCUCCUGCUGUCUCUCCCCAAUAAUGUGUUCCGCUUUGUUCUGCUGACCCACUUAGAUCUGAGAGGGAAUCGGCUGAAGAUGAUGCCCUUCGCCGGGGUCCUGGAACACAUCGGAGGGAUCAUGGAAAUUCAGCUGGAGGAGAACCCUUGGAACUGCACUUGUGAUUUACUUCCGCUGAAGGCUUGGCUCGAUACUAUAACGGUCUUUGUUGGGGAGAUUGUCUGCGAAACUCCUUUUCGGCUGCAUGGGAAGGACGUGACACAGUUGACCAGGCAGGACCUCUGUCCCAGGAAGAGUGCCAGCGAUUCGAAUCAUAAAGGGAACCACCCUUCCUUUUCGGACACCCACAUGCAGAAGCUGUCUCCUACCCUUAAUCCUGCUCUCACUCCCACACGGGCUCCCAAAGCCAGCCGGCCCCCCAAAACGAGGAACAGACCCACGCCCAGGGUCACCGUGUCCAAAGACAGGCAGAGCUUCGGACCCAUCAUGGUGUACCAGACCAAGUCGCCGGUCCCCCUCACCUGUCCCAGCAGCUGCGUCUGCACCUCCCAGAGCUCCGACAAUGGGUUAAAUGUCAACUGCCAAGAGAGGAAAUUCACGAAUAUCUCGGCCCUCCACCCCAAGCCUACCAGUCCAAAGAAACUUUAUCUGACAGGGAACUAUUUGCAAACAGUCUACAAAACCGACCUCCCAGAAUACAGUUCUCUGGAUUUGUUGCACCUGGGAAAUAACCGGAUUGCCGUCAUUCAGGAGGGGGCUUUUGCAAACCUAACCAGCCUGCGCAGACUUUAUCUGAAUGGCAAUUAUCUGGAAAUUCUCUAUCCUUCCAUGUUCGAGGGGCUGCAGAGUUUACAGUAUCUCUAUCUCGAGUACAACAUCAUCAAAGAGAUCAAGCCCUGCACCUUUGAUGCACUGAUUAACUUGCAGCUGUUAUUUCUGAAUAACAACCUGCUGAGGUCCUUGCCAGAAAACGUGUUCGGUGGCACUGCCCUCACCAGACUGAACCUGAGAAACAACCACUUCUCCCACCUGCCCGUGAAAGGGGUCCUGGACCAGCUGCCAGCCUUCAUCCAGAUCGAUCUGCAAGAAAACCCCUGGGAUUGUACCUGUGACAUCAUGGGCCUGAAGGACUGGACAGAGCAUGCCAAUUCUCCGGUCAUCAUCAAUGAGAUCACCUGUGAAUCGCCAGCCAAACACGCAGGUGAGAUCUUGAAAUUCCUAGGGAGAGAGACUAUCUGUCCAGACAACCCCGGCCUCUCGGAUGCCACCAUUUUAUCCAUGAGUCAUAACACAGACACCCCCAGAUCCCUCAGUGUGGCUCCCAGCUCCUACCCAGAGCUUCACACUGAAGUUCCACUGUCCGUCUUAAUUUUAGGGCUGCUGGUGGUCUUUAUCUUAUCUGUAUGCUUUGGAGCAGGCUUAUUUGUCUUUGUCCUCAAACGGAGGAAGGGGGUACCCAGCGGGCCCAGUAGCACCAACAACUUAGACAUCAGUUCUUUCCAGCUGCAGUAUGGAUCUUAUAAUGCCGACACUGCCGACAAGACCGAAGGCCACGUCUAUAACUACAUUCCUCCUCCUGUGGGCCAGAUGUGCCAGAACCCCAUUUACAUGCAGAAGGAAGGGGACCCGGUGGCAUACUACCGAAACCUCCAAGAGUUCAGCUAUGGGAAUCUGGAGACCAAGAAAGAAGGGCCCACCACGCUGGCUUAUACGAUCAGUGCAUCGGAAUUGCUGGAAAAGCAGUCCACCCCGAGAGAGCCCGAGCUACUCUAUCAAAAUAUUGCAGAGAGGGUGAAGGAGCUCCCCAGCGCAGGAGUGGUCCACUAUAACUUUUGCACCUUACCCAAGAGGCAGUUCGCACCUUCCUAUGAAUCCCGACGCCAAAAUCAGGACAGACUGAACAAAACUGUUUUAUACGGAACUCCCAGGAAAUACUUUGCAGACCAAUCCAAACCUGAACAUCCUUUACUUCAGGCCAAGCAGCAAACAGAACCAGACUACCUCGAAGUUCUGGAGAAACAAACCGCAAUCAGUCAGCUGUGA